AUGGACAUUGAGAGUUCGAAUUUCUACCCGCGCAGGUUCCGCCCCGGCCAAGUCCUGAGGCCCUUGAAACCCUCGAUCCAUGUCGCAGGAUCAGCGGGAUUCGGCUUCGGCGGAGGUAAGAGCUCGGGGAUGCUCCCUGAAGACGAUGAGCCAUGGCAGAGGAGGAUGCUGGACCCCUCCGGCGAGGCCGUGCUGAACUGGAAUCGGAUCUUCCUCUUCACGAGCCUCGUCGCCCUCUUCGUUGAUCCCUUGUACUUCUACCUGCACUCAGUGAACCCUACAAACGAUGUUUCCUCCUGCAUCAAGCUGGACCAGAGUCUGAAUACGUCGGUCACCUUGCUGAGGACGAUGACGGACCUCUUCUACCUCCUGCAUAUGGCCGUGAAGUUCCGGACGGCCUACGUGGCCCCCAGCUCAAGGAUCUUCGGUCGGGGAGAACUCGUCACAGACCCCAAGAAGAUUGCCAGGAGGUAUCUCCGGUCGGACUUCGUCGUUGACCUCGUUGCAGCCUUGCCUCUCCCUCAGGUGCUCCCUCUGCCCUCAGGGUCAACUGAUCCUUACUAAAUAUGCAUAUAUAUUAUUGUUUGUGGCUUCAAUUUACAGUAUAAAUUAUUGGAUGAAUGAGGGGAAAUCUGUUGAUGAGAUUUAGGUUUUUGAUGCAGAUUGUCAUCUGGAUAAUCAUACCGGCGAUCAGAAGUUCCAAUGAAGACCACAACAAUAAUGCUCUCGUUCUGAUUGUCCUCUUCCAGUAUGUCCCCAGGCUCUACGUGAUCUUUCCUCUGAGCCAUGAAAUCAUCAAAGCCUCUGGUGUCGUCACAAAGACGGCAUGGGGAGGGGCCGCUUACAACCUGCUUCUCUACAUGUUGGCGAGCCAUGUAUGUUCUAUCAGUUUUUCUCUUGCCCCCUUUGAGUUUAUGUGACUUCAAUUUUCAUUCUUGCCCUGUUUGACUUUCUGAGCUUCCAGUUUUAUUCUCGUCCCCUGUUUUUCACUUUAAUUGCUUGCAGUUUUUUCCUUGCUAAAACCUGUGAGUGCUUCAUGUUUGAUUCUUCCCCUCUUUGGCUUAUGGUGCUUGUGGUUUUUUCUUGCCCUGGUUGACUUAAUCUGGAGAAAGAGUCGCUGACUUCUCAAGAGUUCCUGAUAGUCUCCCUACCUGUCCACCACCCUCAGUGGCUGUCCGCUGACUUUGAGGGCCAUCCUCAUGCAGGUCUUGGGUGCAUCCUGGUAUCUUCUGUCCAUUGAGCGUCAGGCCACUUGCUGGAAGUCAGCGUGCAAGGAAGAACAGAGCUUCCAUAAUGCCUCCCAGUGCCAUUCCAGGUACCUUGACUGCGACUACUCCGACCAGGGCCUCCGCCAGCUCUGGGCUGCCACCACGCAGGUGUUCUCCAGAUGCAACGCCAGCGAUGACAGCAUCACCUUCCAGUUCGGGAUCUUCCAGAACGCGUUGACCACUGGUGCUCUCUCAGAGGCCUUCCUGAAGAAAUAUCUCUACUGCCUCUGGUGGGGUCUACAGAACUUGAGGUGAUCUCACCGUUCCUCCGUAUUAGUAUUAUUAUUGUUAUUAUUUAUUCCUAUUAUUAUUAUUAUUAUUAUUAUUAUUACCGUUUCCGUUAAUCUUUUAACACCUCCUGUGCCCAGUUCAUACGGACAGAGCCUCUCGACGACCACCUUCAUUGGGGAGACGUCCUUCGCCAUACUCAUUGCCAUAGUGGGCCUGGUUUUAUUCGCCCAUCUGAUUGGGAACAUGCAGGUAAGUCAACAGAACUUGUUCACAGGCUCCUCCUCGACCUCUGAUUAAACUGUUUUUAAAGCAUCUUGUUUCGUUUUAUUUAUUCAUUUUUUGAUUCAUUUUAUUGUCAUUCUUUAUGAUCCACUGGCGUUGUUGUUUAUGGAUUACGAUGAUUCUCUGGAAGUGUUCUGAAUGCCCAGAUCAGAGAUUAUCUGAUCAGGAGAAUAAUAUUGUUUCUUUUAUCCAAUCAUGAAGAUGAUAUAAUGAGUAUGAAAGGAUUUAUUUUUUUAUUCAUUUAAUCAUAGUAAUAAUCUUCAACUAUGAAAAUAUUGUAUAUAUUAUAAACUUUAGUCGAUUAUGAUUUUAUUCAUUAAUUUUCAUUCCGAGUUGGAAUGCAAUGGCACUUGGUCCUAUAGCCUUGAACCAGUGUAGCUCUGGGGAAAUAGGGGGGUUGACCUCAUUCGUUGACUGCCGUUCCGAGCAGCUGGGUUUUUCGGUUUUGGCGAGCUAUCAGUUUGGCUCGAUCAGAUUUUUGCCCUUUCCAUCCUCGGUCUUGGUUGAGGAACUUGCGAUCAUCUGCCAUCUCACGAAGCUCAAUCAGGCAUUUAUGAAUCCGAGGAUCGUAAGUCGGCUGGUGCGUUGACUUUUUAGCGUAUUUUGAGAGAGAAGAAUGGUUGACCCGCCUUCAACCCCAAGAUUGAUCAAAAGGUGAACUUUUUUCCAGGAGGAUGGGAUCUGCGGGGAUUUGCAAAAGCAUUGACUUUUUAGCCUCUUUGAUCGAGAAUAAUGGUUGACCCGCCUUCAAACACAAGAUUGAUCAAAGCAUGAACUUUCUUUCCAAGAGGAUGAGAUCUGCGGGGAUUUGCAAGAACACCCAAACCAGUGUGCAGGUGGCUCAAAAAUGGAAAAUUCCACGUCUGAUCGUCCAAAAAAAAAUCGAAUACUUUGUCCUUCACAGUUAAAUCCGCAUCAUUUCCAUUUCGGGCUGUUCUUCAGAUGAAUGUAUUAAUGGUUGACUUGGUUGGUCUCUUGACUUCCCCAGACCUACUUACAGUCGAUGACUGUGAGGCUGGAGGAGUGGAGACUGAAGAGGAGGGACACUGAGGAGUGGAUGGAGCACCGGCAGCUUCCUCGCGAUCUGCGGGAGCGGGUCCGGCGAUUCAUCCAGUACAUCUGGGUCGUGACUGAGGGAGUGGACGAAGAAUCGAUCCUCCGAUCAUUGCCCGCCGAUCUUCGCAGAGACAUCAAGCUCCACCUCUGCUUGGAUCUCGUCCGACGCGUACGCAUCCGCAGAUCUUCUUCUCGCUGUGUUUUUAGGGUUCAUCGGCAUGGAAUGUGUUUUUAGGGUUCCUCCCCGAUUGCAGGUCCCCUUCUUCUCGCAGAUGGACGAUCAGCUGUUAGACGCCAUAUGCGAGCGGCUCGUCUCCUUCCUGAGGACGGAGGGCACCUGCAUCAUCCGCGAGGGCGAUCCGGUGACGGAGAUGGUGUUCAUCAUCCGCGGGAGUCUGGAGAGCUCGACGACCGACGGCGGGAGGACGGGGUUCUUCAACUCUAUCACCCUCCGGCGAGGGGAUUUCUGCGGCGAGGAGCUGUUGGUGUGGGCUCUGCUUCCGAGAUCCGACGCCAACCUCCCCCUCUCCACGAGGACGGUGAAAACCCUAACGGAGGUGGAGGGCUUCGCCCUGCGCGCGGAGGAUCUAAAGUUCGUCGCGAACCAGUUCAGACGGCUGCACAGCAAGAAGCUCCAGCACACCUUCCGAUUCUACUCCCACCAUUGGAGAUCCUGGGCGACCUGCUUCAUCCAGUCCGCCUGGCGGCGAUUCAAGCGGCGGCGGCUGGCGAGAGAUCUGAUCGACCAUGAAUCGCCGCUCUCCCCGACCUCGGCAUCUGAUCCGCCGGUAGCCGGCCGUCAGGGAGGGAGGGAAAGAUCACAGGAUCGCACGGUUUCCAAGCUUCCCGCCUUUGCCGGCAGCAGAGUACAGAAGAUCAAACUCAUCGGCAACCCGAGGUUGAAGAAGCCCGAGGAGCCCGAUUUCUCCACCGACUCCUGUGAAGAUUGA